AUAUGUAAGCAACAUGGAAAACCCGUGUCACAGUAUGUGACCAAAGCCAUCUUAACCAUGUUUCAGGUCAGAACCUUUGUACUUUCGAAAAACUAUAAAAACCGCUACGUUGUCCUUCAAAACUUCUCUCUCGUUCUUCACAACCCAAACUCUCUCUCUUUCUGUGUGUGUGUUUUUUUCUUAAUAAUUGUGUCUCUUCCAAAAGCACAUGCAAAAGGUGAAGAGUUUGUGUUUGCGUGAAAGAAAGUUGUUGAUAUGUCAACGGAGAGGCUUAUUGCCAGUGGUGUGGUUCAGUCAGAAGGAGUUAUGUCCAGGUCUCACUCAGCCAGGCAAUGUGGUGAAGCUGUGUGGAUCUUUGAGGAGUUGCCAAAGGCAACUAUCUUGUCAGUUUCACGGCCUGAAACUGGGGAUAUAAGCCCCAUGCUUUUGUCUUAUACAAUUGAGUUUCAGUACAAACAGUUCAAGUGGAGUUUAGUGAAGAAGGCAUCACAAGUUCUCUAUUUACAUUUUGCUUUGAAGAAACGUGCAUUUAUUGAGGAUUUAUAUGGGAAGCAAGAGCAGGUUAGAGAAUGGCUUCAAAGCUUAGGAAUAAUGGAUCACACGGCAGUAGUGCAAGAUGAUGAGGAACCUGAUGAUGGAGCUGUUCCUUUGCAUAAUGAAGAAAGUGUUAGAAACAAAAAUGUUCCAUCCCUUGCUGCUUUGCCAAUAAUUCGCCCAGCACUAGGAGGGCAGCAGUCCAUUUCAGACAGAGCAAAGGUGGCAAUGCAGGGCUAUCUGAAUCAUUUUCUGGGGAAUAUGGAUAUUGUGAAUUCCCGAGAGGUCUGUAAAUUUUUGGAAGUCUCCAAGCUAUCAUUUUUACGGGAGUAUGGCCCAAAGUUGAAAGAAGGUUAUGUUAUGGCAAAGCUUCCAGGGGUUGACUCAGAUUUGGACUGUUGUAAGCAUUGGUUUGGUUGGUGCCAACACAAUUGGAAAAAGGUGUGGGCUAUUUUAAAGCCUGGAUUCCUGGCUUUGCUGGAUGAUCCUUUUGACACCAAACUCUUAGACAUAAUUGUUUUUGAUGUACUGCCAGCCUCCAGUGAAAAUGUGAGAACCCAAGUACAUUUAGCAAAUCAUAUAAAGGAACGUAAUCCUUUACGUUAUUCAUUUAAGGUUACUUGUGGAGGUCGGAGUACAGAGUUAAGAACCUCAAGCAGUGCUAAAGUUAAAGAAUGGGUUACAUCAAUCAAUGAUGCUGGUCUAAGGCCUCUGGAGGGUUGGUGUCAUUUUCACCGUUAUGUUUCCUUUGCUCCUCAAAGAGGCUUGACAGAAGAUGGGAGCCAAGCUCAAUGGUUCAUAGAUGGGCAAGCAGCCUUUAAAGCAAUUGCUUCUUCGAUAGAGAAUGCAAAAUCAGAGAUAUUCAUUACUGGCUGGUGGCUUUGCCCAGAACUGUAUCUAAAACGCCCUUUCCCUAGUCAUCCUUCCUCCCGGCUUGAUGCAUUACUAGAAGAAAAAGCUAAGCAAGGGGUUCAGAUUUACAUUCUUCUUUACAAGGAGGUACCUAUUGCUUUAAAAAUCAAUAGUAUGUACAGUAAGAAAAGGCUCCUCAACAUUCAUGAGAAUGUGAGAGUACUGCGUUAUCCAGACCAUAUCACCACUGGCGUUUAUUAUUGGUCACAUCAUGAGAAACUUGUUAUUGUUGAUUACCAGCUUUGCUUUAUUGGAGGAUUAGAUUUAUGCUUUGGCCGUUACGACACAAAUGAACACAAAGUAGGUGAUUGCCCUCCUCUUAUAUGGCCUGGAAAGGACUACUAUAACCCAAGAGAAUCUGAACCAAAUUCUUGGGAAGACACAAUGAGAGAUGAAUUGGAUCGUAAAAAAUAUCCUCGUAUGCCAUGGCAUGAUGUCCAUUGUGCCCUUUGGGGACCACCUUGUCGUGAUGUUGCUAGGCACUUUGUCCAGCGCUGGAACCAUGCUAAGAGAAACAAAGCUCCAAAUGAACAAACAAUUCCACUACUCAUGCCUCACCACCACAUGGUCCUCCCUCAUUACAUGGGAAGUAGAAAUAUAGAUAUCAAACACAAGAACUCAGAAGAAAACCUGAAAGGCAUCAAAAGGGAGGAUUCUUUUACCUCACCAGUGCAAGAUAUUCCAUUGCUUUUACCUCAGGAAGCUGAUGGACUAGCAGCUUCUAAUGUAGACUCAAAGUUAAAUGGCCCGGACAUGAAUCAGAAUCUUCUUGAUCAGCCAAAAUUUGAAGCAUUGGUUCCAGAUUCACAAAGUGCAGAUGACCUUGACUCUAUGCAUCUUCAAAGUGAAAUGGAUUCAGAUGUGGUGGCACAAUAUAGCAUGAACAUGUCAGAUGAGGGGUUGGAAAGUCCCAAUGAAGGUGAUCAUGAUGACUGUAUUGGUCCACGUACUGCAUGCUGUGCUCAGGUUAUCAGAAGUGUCAGCCAAUGGUCUGCUGGAACAAGUCAACCUGAAGAUAGCAUUCAUAGUGCUUAUUGUUCUCUCAUUGAGAAAGCAAAGCAUUUUAUCUACAUUGAGAAUCAAUUUUUCAUAUCAGGUCUUUCAGGAGAUGAGAUAAUUCAAAACCGUGUCCUGGAAGCAUUAUACAAGCGCAUUGCGAAAGCACACAAAGAACAAGAGUGUUUCAGGGUCAUUGUCGUCACACCACUCUUACCUGGCUUCCAGGGGGGUCUGGAUGAUAGUGAUGCAGCAACUGUUAGAGCUUUAAUGCAUUGGCAAUAUCGUACUAUUUCUAGAGAAAAGCACUCAAUACUGCAUCAUCUAAACGUUUUGCUUGGUCCUAAAACCCAUGAUUAUAUUUCUUUCUGUGGUCUUAGAUCAUAUGGUAGACUUUUCGAUGGUGGUCCUGUGGCUACAAGUCAGGUUUAUGUGCACAGCAAAUUGAUGAUAAUAGAUGACCGCCUGGCCUUGAUUGGAUCGUCCAAUAUAAAUGAUAGGAGUUUGUUAGGAUCAAGAGACUCUGAGAUUGGGGUGGUUAUUGAGGAUAAAGAAUUUCUUGAUUCAUCUAUGAAUGGAGAGCCUUGGCAGGCUGGAAAAUUUGCAUAUAGUCUUCGGUGCUCCCUGUGGUCUGAGCACCUUGGUAUCCCGGCUGGAGAGACCAGUCAAAUCUGUGAUCCUGUAGCAGACUCAACAUACAAGGAUCUGUGGCUAGCAACUGCAAAGGAAAAUACCAUUAUCUACCAAGAUGUCUUUUCUUGCAUUCCCAAUGAUCACAUACACUCCAGAGCUGCUCUCAGGCAAAGCAUGGCCCAUUGGAAGGAGAAACUUGGCCAUACCACUAUUGAUUUAGGAAUAGCCCCUGAGAAGCUGGAAUCCUAUGAGCAUGGAGAACUCAAGUUAACAGAUCCAUUGGAGAGAUUGAAGUCUAUAAGGGGAUUUCUUGUUUCCUUCCCUUUAGAUUUCAUGUGUCAAGAAAACAACAUGAGACCAGUAUUCAAUGAGAGUGAGUUUUAUGCAGCUCCUCAAGUAUUUCAUUAAGUAUAAGGGGGCGAACCCCAAGGGAUUCCUCCCUGUAAGUACAUGGUGUAUGUGGGGUGAGGGUACUGCACACAUUCAGAAGAAUAAUCAAGUGCUCAAAGAGCUCUGGAAACUCUCGUUAGCAACAAAAAAAAAAAUCAGCUACCAUUGUAGAUAAUUCCUUUAUGGGAGAGAAAACAUGUACGCACUAACAGAAACCACUAACAGAAAAUUGAUGGCACUGAUAAUAUUUCUAGAAAUGUGUGAGUGUCAUGUAAAGUUACUCAAAUGCCACAUUGGCUAUCUCUGUACAGCUACAACUACUAGUUGUAGAAAAAGAAAAUGUACAUACAUUCUUUUUUUCAUUCUUGAAGAGUGAACAUAUUCUUUGUAAGAUAUUCAAUCAUAUAUAAGUUUUUUUCAUU